UAAAAAUAAAGAAAUGAAGAAAUGGUGAAAUUAAAUAAAAUUGGGAAAAAAAAAAAAAUUAAGUGCUCUGCCUCAUGAUCUGUCUUACGCCGGAUUGUAGGGGCACUUAGCGCCAGUCAAUAAACAAACUUGGGUUGAAGAAGGUGAGGCUUUCUGUUCCGCCAUUGCCAAGAAAAUGAAAGAUGGUGAAAUCUUCUUCUUCAGUUACUCCAUAUCUCAAUCGCUUCUCAAGUUUCUCAAGCGUUGGGAUUUGGAACUCCACCAUAAGAGAAGCUGUGAACCAAGGCCAGGCACACAGAGCCAUCCUUCUCUUUCGCCAAAUGAAACAAAGUGGUUUGGAACCUGAUAACUUCACUUUUCCCUUCGUUGCCAAAGCCUGUUCUAAGCUCUCUGAUCCCAAACUUCCCCUAGUCUUUCAUCCCCAUGUUCUGAAAUCCUCUGUUGGGUCUCAUGUCUUUGUUCAAACGGCCAUUGUUGAUAUGUAUACAAAGUGUGGACUGUUGGCUGACGCGUACAAUGUGUUUGAGCGAAUGCCAGAAAGAGAUGUAGCUUCUUGGAAUGCAAUGGUUGUAGGUUUUUCUCAAUCGGGGUGUCUUGAUAGGGUGUUAUAUGUAUUCCGUCGUAUGAGGUUUGCAGGGUUUCAACCUGACUCUGUGACUGUCAUGGGGUUGACUCAAGCAUGCUUGCGUUCCAAGGAUUUGAAAAUGGUGAAAGCUAUUCAUUCAUUUGGAAUUCGAACUGGGAUGGAUGCUGAUGUUUCGGUUACUAACACUUGGAUUGGUGCCUAUUCCAAAUGCGGUGAUUUGGAUUUGGCCAAGCUCUUAUUUGAUGGGAUGGAGUUGAGUUUGAGGACUGUUAUCUCAUGGAAUUCUAUGAUAGCAGGAUUUGCAAACUUUGAAAAUUUUCUAGAUGCUCUAAAUUGUUACAAAAGGAUGUUGCUUGAUGGGCAUAGUCCUGAUGCAAGCACUAUUCUAAGCCUACUAGCAUCAUGUGUGAAACCUGAGACUCUGUUUCAAGGGACACUUAUUCAUUGUCAUGCAAUUCAACUUGGUUGUGUUUCAGAUGUUUCUGUCGUUAACACACUAAUAUCUAUGUAUUCCAAGUGCGAUGAUGUUAUUUCUGCAAGACUUUUAUUUGAUGGCAUGUCUCAUAGGACUUGUGUUUCAUGGACUGCAAUCGUUAGUGGGUAUUCCCAGAAAGGUGAUUUGGAUGAGGCGUUGAGAUUGUUUCAUGCUAUGGAAGCAGCUGGCGAGAAACCUGAUUUAGUUACUAUGCUUUCUCUGAUUUCAGGCUGCAGCCAAGCUGGAGCACUCGAGCUUGGAAAAUGGAUUCACAGCUAUGCAUUUUCACAUGGGUUAAGAGAGAACAUAGUAGUUUGCAAUGCAUUAAUUGAUAUGUAUGCAAAAUGUGGAAGUAUGAGUGAUGCUCGGGAGCUGUUCUAUCUCAUGCCAGAGAGAACUGUUGUCUCUUGGACAACUAUGAUUUCAGGGUGUGCUUUGAAUGGUGAAUUUAAAGAAGCUUUGGAUCUUUUCUAUCUGAUGUUGGAGUUGGGCUUGAAACCAAACCAUAUCACAUUUCUUGCAGUUCUUCAAGCUUGCACUCAUGCAGGUCUCCUUGAUAAAGGAACUGAGUGUUUUUCUAUGAUGACAAAUGUCUACAACAUAACUCCUGGCUUAGACCACUACUCCUGCAUUGCUGACCUUCUUGGCCGUCGGGGAAUGUUAAAAGAAGCAUUGAAGCUCAUUCAAAGUAUGCCAAUCGAGCCUGACAUUGGCAUAUGGAGUGCAUUACUUGCUGCUUGUAAAAAUCACCGUAACUUAGAGAUUGGUGAGUAUGUGUCUCGUCAUAUCUUUAAAUUGGACCCUCAGGUUGCAGUUCCAUACGUUGAGAUGGCUAAUAUAUAUGCUUCAGAUGGAAAGUGGGAUGGAGUUGCAGCAAUAAGAACAAUGAUGAAAAAUAACAAAGUGAAAAAAUCACCAGGACAAAGUGUUAUUCUAGUGAACGGGAAGCCUCAUGUGUUUACAGUUGAAGAUAGAGGUCAUCCUGAGAGUUUGCAUAUAUAUACAAUGUUAGAGAAUUUAAUUUUGCAGUUAAAAGAAGAAGGAUACACACCACUGGCAGAGGAAACUUUCAAACAUGAAUUGUUUGAAGCUCCGCAUAACAAAAUUACUCUCUCUGACUUUUAUGGAUAUUCUUCUUUAUGAGUCUCCUGUGGUUUUCUUCUAAUGUCGGAAAUCUGCCUAACCAUGUAUUUUGGUUAUUUUUAUGUGCUGCCUAUGAGUUUUGACAAGGAAAAGGUCUUCUUUAGAAGCUAGCGCAAAAUACUUGGUUGAAAGGGGGUAUUAUCCUUGCUUUAGCAAAGCUAACACGGUUUCUAUAUCCUACUGAAAAGAUAGAAUUAGCAAGAACAGGCUCAAACUCAGAUGAUAAGUUGGAAUCCAUCUCACAAGUACCGUGUGAAAAUUUUAGGUACACCAACUGAAGGAAGUAACAAAGUUCAAAGGCUCACCUGAUGAAUUACUUGCAGUGUAAGGUUUGAUAAUUAGUUCACCCAAAUUCUUGUUCCAUAAACCUGCAAUUUUAUUCAAUUGAUUGUUAACAAACUCAAAAGUCAUAAGUACUGCAAAAUAUGUGUGUUUUUAUCAUAGUUAGAGUCUACAUACUUGCAUCGGUGCAUGCUGCCAUUUUGUGCUGGUUCUGUAAAUGGUCAAACCAAAAGAGAAAAAAUGGUGACUUUCAAGUACUUCAUCGUCGUGUCUCUUUUAUCAUAAUCCUCACCUUGAAGUAUGCUUUCUUAUGUGUAAAAUGAUACUGUUUUAUUAAAUUUUCUAGAAAGCAAAUGUAAAAGGUAUGACACUGAUACUUAUUUUCCUUCUGGACUUGAUAUUUGCCACUGAAAUCUCACAGUUAGAAUAUCCAAAAAAGAAGAACUGACAUUCUUUUUUGGUUUAUUUUCCACUCUUAUUGUGUCUAAAUGCACCUGCUUUUUGGGUUUUGAUUAGGUUAACAAUGGGAUAACCCAUCUAUUUGACUAUUAUGAAGCUUGUGGAGAAGGAUUUCAAAAGAACAAUUAAUUAAUAAGCCAUCCACUUUAUUUAUUUAUAUUUUCUGAAACCUCUAUAUACUUUUUAAGGAGCUGCAUUUGCGUUAAUGGCAGAAUGGUGUAUCUCCCUUUGAAUAAGAAAUGCUGUUUCUGUGUGAUAUUUUUGCAAAUUUAAUACAAAAAUUUGAUCAAAACUGAGUGACUCUCCUUGCGGUUUAAAAUGUCUGUAGUGUGGAUAUAUACCAUUGUAUUUUCAUUUAUUAAUCAUGAAUAUACCCAUUAUAAAAUAAAUAUUACAAGUGAAUAGUUGAAAAUUAGACGAGUUUACACUGAUAAUAUUUAGACCAUUAGAUCUGUCUUUGAGAACAAGCUUGUAUUUGAUUUCUUAAAGGGAAAUUUCAUGUAAUAGCCUCUACGGAGACUCAAUUUAUAUACAUUUUUUAAGACCAUAAAAAGCGUUAAAAUUUUGAAGGAAAUAAUUUUUUAUUUUAUUUAAAAAAAAAAACAUUUUCAUAAUGACUGAGAUUAUCGAAAAUUGAAAGAAAAAAAAAGUAAUCAAAUAAAAAUAAUAGUAUGAUGCUUUUUAUUUAUCAUAAAAAAUAAAAAAAUAAAUGGAAAAUGAAAAUGGUAAUGGUAGAUAGAAAGCAGGGAAGAAGAGCGACAAGUACAAUAAGGAAGCUCUACUAUGCAUGAAAGAAGUGGAAGGACACGAACACGUCAUCAGUUUCACCGGUGUGUUUGGUUUGAAGAAAGUUGAAAUCUCCGCCUGGUUUCGAUGAAUUCGAGGACACCCUGAAGAUUUUCCCAAUUUUCACACAUUUUCUUACUUUAAUUUCCCCAUAUAUCCUAUUCAUUCAAUCUUCUUCUCCAAAACUCUCUCUCUCUCUCUCUCUCUCUCUCUCUCUCUCUCUCUCUC